GUUCGCGACCCAAGCGCCGAGUGGACGCGGCGCGCGCGCUUUCCAUCAUCAUCAUAUAUAUGUGUGUUGUGUAUAUAUAUAUAUAUAUAUAUGUAGAAAGUUUAUUCAAUUUUCAAAUUUAAAUUUGCGGUUUUCUUGGUGAAUUUGAGAUAAAAAUUUCUCCUUUUUUUUCUCCUGUAAAAAAAAAGAAGAAAAUAACUCCCAUCAUUAUUUUGUUGUGUAUAUAUAGUUAUAUGAUAAUUUACAUCAAAACAAUUUAGUGUACAGUGCUUCGGGUUUUUUUGUCAUUUUGGAAUUAUAUUCUUAUGGAGAACGGAGCCUACUACGAUGAUGAUCCAUCGUGCAAGUUUCACGAGACGCCUCGAGCGCCCCUAAGAAAGUUCAUCCGUCCAACAGAAUUAUUUCGCAUGGAUUCCUCGUCAAAUCCCGACUCGCACAUUUACGAAGACAUCACUUCCAGUGCUUCAAAUCCCACAAGUUCACCAUUUCGUACACAACAUAAUAAUAGUUUAUGUCUUGCUGAUAAUGAACUUUUUCUUUCACAAGUACAAAAUACAAAUCGUCUACCAAAUUAUUAUUCAAAUUCAGAAAUUGAUCAUGAUUCAUUAAAUUCAUUUCAUCGUAAUCUCACUCUUCCUUUGCGUCGAACAAAUCCACUAACAAAAGAUGAGAAUUUAAUAAGUUCAUCGGUACGUGUCACUAGUAGAGAACGUAUUCGAGCUGGUACAUCGUUACACAAUAAUGAUAGUUCAAUAAUUGAUGAAAAUUAUCGUUAUUCCUCGGGACCAAUAAAUAUUGAUGUGCACAAUGAUCAAAGAAAUCAUGGUAGAAGACGUCGUAAGAAAGAUUGCAAACAUUGUAAAAAUAGAACAAAUUCAGGAUUUUCAACAUCAUCAUCAAUAGAAGUGCCCGUCGAUGUGUCCUGUUCUAAUGAGAGAUUUUAUGAUGAUAACAAUGAUUUUCGUUUGGAAACUGAAAAAUCAAUUCUCGGUAUUAUUGAGCCAAUUUUUACAAUGCCAGAGGGACGAUUACCGAGUUUCUGUAAUAAUUCAAGGUGUGAAAAACAAUUGAGCAGUGUUUAUUGUAUUUCAAAUAAUGUUAAUUGUAGUGCCGUUGGUUCGGGUAAUGUUAAGACCUUGAACUAUGACAAGAACGACAUAGAAGCAAGGCUCGCCCACGUUGAGGGCUGUGAGGACAAGGCACUCAUUACUCCUCCGAAGAAUCGAGCUGGGAUGAAGGUAAACUCUAUCUAUGCCCAGGAACACUGGCAUACCAAGGACGUGCCGAUCUUCCUUACCGACGCCAAGGAACAAAGUUCCUUUCAGAGGGCGAAUUCCCUCCCGGUACGGACACACACGCCAACCUCUGAAAAUCGAGUUAAUUUACGUAGAAGUGUAAGGGGUGAACCACCCCCUCAUCCGGCACGACUACGAAAACAUCCUCAUGGUUGGACUCUUCAUUUUGCCCGACCCCUCACAGGUCCCUCUGGUUGUACCCGAUCUAUUGUACUAUUACUCAUCGUGAUAUUAGCCCUUCUUGGAAUUGGAGGAAUUGCUCUAUACAUUGUGUUCGAACCACAAAAGCUACAAAUAAUUCAACAAUACUUGAGGUCGUCAGGACGGAAUGUAUCAACGAGUGAGAAUUUCACUUCCUUUACUUCCGGUUUGGAGCACCUAAUAGAUGAGCAGAAUGUGUCGACUGAUGUGGUGCCUACACUCCCUGUAGGUGUGCUUUUAAACGCAAGCCUCUCGUUUCCGGAGGCAAACGAAGAACCAACGGAAACGGAAACCGAAGUGUAUUCUUCUACAACUACUACUACUACUAUCACUAGCACCACCAUAGAGGCAAUGUUGGAUUUAAAUUCCACAAGGCACUGUGACGAUUGUUUCAAAGGUGAGGUGUGCGUUGCACUUGUUGGCGAGGAAGUGCCUAUUUGUAGAACUGGACCGGAUCCUCUGGACCCAACUGGCUGCUCGGGUCUUUGUUUAAUCAAUAAACAAAAGUGCCAUCGAUUAGAUAUCGACGCCUUUAGAUGUAUGGAUCUUGAACACUACUGUUUGGAUGACGAGUGGACGUGUAAAAACUCUCUCUGCAUCCCUUUAGUGAAGCAUUGCGAUGGUACAAUGAAUUGCUAUGACCAUUCUGAUGAAUACAAUUGCGAAUGUAAUCUAGAGACACACUUUCAGUGUGGGAACGAGACUUCCUGCCUUCCUUUAGAUAAAAAAUGCGAUGGGAAGAUAGAUUGUUGGGACGCAACAGACGAGAUAAACUGUACAUUAGCAUGUCCUUUAGAGAGUGAGUUCACUUGUAACGAUGGACAAUGUAUAUUGAAGGCACGUUUCUGCGACGGAUUGCGGGAUUGCGUGGAUGGAUCUGAUGAACCGCACGGAUGCCAAGGUCGCUGUAAUAAGCACGAAUUUACAUGCCAGAAUGGCAGAUGCAUCACAAAGAAUUUAAAAUGCAACGGAAUUGAUGACUGCGGAGAUGGAACAGAUGAGCAAUUGUGUCGAGAUCGGACUUAGAUAUUUUUUUAAAACUGCAUGAAAAAAAAGAAAAAUAAAUAAAUAAUCGUAUUGUCACGAUAAAAAACAGUAUUUUAAAUAGAGAAGCGCAAGUAAUAUAAUUAUUGUAUAAUAUUGUAUAGGAAUAUAUUAAUUAUAUAUAUAUAUAAAAAAAUGAAAUAAUUAUUAAUAAAAAGUUAUUAUUAAUUAAA